UCCUCCUCAAAAAUGUCCAUUUCUCUUAAUCUUGCGGGUCUACCUUGUUCUUCUUCUUCUCAUCUGGAUAACAACAAAAGCUUCUUCCUCCUCAGAGCUUCUGGCCUUUCCUUCCAGUUUCGAUCAUUGAAACCGAAGAUUUCGUCGUUGAAUCAUAGCCAAUUUCGGCGCUUCUUCUCAGUCAACGGCGACCACAUUGAUGUUCAUGGUUUUUCAGAUGCUAAAAGUUGCUCCCCUCAAGAUGAAGAUCCGGUGGAAAAGAGUGCUGGUGGUCAAGGUGUAUUGCCCAAAUCCAAAGAGUUGGUUGAAAAAUUGAGGAGAUAUGGGAUUGCUGGAUUGUUAUCCUAUGGGCUACUAAAUACUGUCUACUAUCUCACAACAUUUCUCUUGGUGUGGUUUUAUGUUGCUCCAGCACCUGGGAAGAUGGGUUAUCUUGCUGCAGUUGAAAGGUUUCUUAAAAUAAUGGCCAUGGUGUGGGCUGGAAGCCAAGUUACAAAGAUUGCGAGGGCUGGAGGGGCCCUUGCGCUUGCGCCUUUCGUAGACAGAGGAUUAUCAUGGUUCACUGUCAAAUAUAAAUUCGAGUCUCAGGGAAAGGCAUUCAUGGCGAUCGUCGCCUUUUGUUUGGGAUUGGCAAUCUUGUUAUUUUUCUUUGUAACUUUGCUUUGGGCUUAAAGCUCUGUUGUUUCUCCUUGCUUAUGCGAGAAAAUGAGGGAAAAUCAAUUUUCUGUGACGGUGUCUUCGAAAAUCAAAUGGCAAACAAACAACUGGAAUGCCUGAAAAUAGCGAUUGUACCAAAGAUAAAUAAAGGGACGUCAAAAUGUCAAACUGUUGGAAAUAUCUUAACCUGAACUCGGUAAUUGCUAAUGAGAAUAAGGGAAACAGUUCAUAUAGGAUGACCUUUUUAUGUUCUUUUUUUUUCACUCUGAAUUAUGUAUGUACAAUAUGAAAUAUUUAAGUUGUAAUUGCAUGCCAAGGCUAAAUGUG